AUCCAUUCCCAAAAAAAAACAUAGAAUAAAUUACACAAGAGAGACGCAAAGAAAAGCAGAAGAAAUUUUGCAACAAUAACACAGCAAAGACGACCCAUCACCUCAAAUCAGUCCACUGACUUUGUGUCUUCUCUCUCUCUCUUUUAUCUGUCUGUCCCCUCUUCCACCGAUCCAAGUGAAACCCAGAAACAAAGUGAGGCCAAAAUGUGUUCUUCAGAAGGUGAUUGCAGGCCUUUGGGUUUUCUACUCGGCCUUCCCUUUGCUUUUCUCUCCCUCCUCCUCUCCAUCGUCGGCAUCGUUAUCUGGAUCGUCGGAUUAUUGCUGACAUGCAUUUGUCCGUGCUGCUUGUGCGUGACGGUUAUAGUGGAGGUGGCUCUGGAGUUGGUCAAGGCACCAAUUCAUGUCAUGGAGUGGUUCACUGAGCAAAUCCCGUGUUAAUCUUAUGAUCAUGGUUCUACAGAUACUCAGUUUAUGGGUAUCCAUGUUCAUUAGCUUGGCUUGUCUCGCUGUAAAAUGUUUAGGAGAUGCAGAUAUUAUGGGAUUGCGGAUUGCAAAUUCUCUUUUUGAUUUCUAAGUUCUCAGCUUUGGUUACUAUGAGACUAGAAUAAGAAUGGACAAAGAGAUUUGCUAUCUUACAAGUUACAGUGUCUCAUUCUCAAUGUUUAUUUUUGUUUUGCA